GUAUUGGCCAACAUCCAGCCCCUCCAGGAAUCCAGACUGUUCAACUGCGACGAAAUUCCCUGCUAAACUGCCAGCAUCUACUUCUCCUCCAGUCGUACGUGCUGGGGUUAUCGAUUGACACUUGAUCGUCCAACAAGAUGGCAGCUCUCAAAGCCGGAGACAGCUUCCCCGACGGAGUCACCUUUCAAUAUAUACCUUAUGCUGAAGAAAAGGAAGGUGUCAGCUCUUGCGGCGUUCCCAUCGCGUACGAUGCCUCUAAAGAGUUUGCAAACAAGAAAGUCGUCUUGUUUUCCGUCCCCGGCGCUUUCACAGGCACAUGCUCCGAGAAGCAUCUCCCGGGUUACAUCAAGAACGUGUCCCGCUUCCGAGAGAAAGGGGUUGAUGCCAUUGCCUGCAUCGCCUACAACGACGCAUACGUCAUGAGCGCCUGGGGCAAGGCGAAUCAGGUCAAGAAUGACGAUAUUCUUUUCCUAUCCGACACCAACACCGCCUUCUCCACGAGUCUCGGGUGGCUCAAGGGCGAACGCACGGCUCGAUACGCAAUUAUUAUUGACCACGGCAAAGUAGUUUACGCAGAGAAGGAGCCGGCGCGAGAGGUGACGGUGUCGUCGGCCGAGUCUGUAUUGGCGCAGCUCUGAGUUGCGCGGACGCUCAAAGAGGCAUUCCCUGCUGCGGUAUCCCCGCAGGCUCUGCGAUGUCCUGGUUUGCAACGAGCGUGUUGGCGCUGGGCGAUGGCAUCUCGUCAAGGCGAAGCGUCAGAGUCACUCAAUGUAGUCAGGUGCGGUGAAAGUGUCGCUAUAGUAUUAGUAGUGCAAUGAUACUCUGGAAUGUCUCAAUCAUGAU